AUGCAGCUCGACGUUGACGACCUGCCUCCCGAGCUAUGGCACCACGUCCUUGAGUACCUCCCGAGGCCCGACCAGCGCACCUGCCGGCUCGUCUGCCGUGCCUUCCACGGGCUCGCCACUGCUAUGGUCUUCGACCGUGUGGUAGUCACCUUCGGCGACUGGGACAUCUGGGAUGCGUUCAACGGAGAGACGAUGGAAGGCACCGUCGUGACCAACCCGGACGCGCAGGCGCAGCGAGAGGCGAGGACACUCGCAAUCCUCGACCACUUCGUAGCGGAUCCGUGGUUCGCGGGCAUGGUAAAGCACUUGGAGGUGCAUGCGUUUGAGAUGGAUGACGGGCUCAAGGCGGACACGACGUCGCUCAUGGCCCGACUGACGGCAGCCGUCCGGACGCUGCGCCAACUCCACUCGUUCGUCUGGCACGGGCAGGAUCCCAGUCUGCCACUCACCCUCGUAGAAGCACUCAGUACGUCCUGUCCAUUCCUGCGUAUCCUCUCCGUACCGAUGAAAUCGCUCCCACACCUGCCACUCACCACCUUCCGCACGCUACACACCAUCUCCAUUACCGACGCGGAGUACACACGGGACACAAUCACACACACCCUCUCCACCCCGCACUGCACCACCGAGCUCCCCUACCUGCACACGCUCCAGCUGCCCUACGCCCUCCCCGCGGACAUCCCGCUCGACCGCCUCCCACACCUCACGCACCUCGAGCUCGUCUCGAUGCACGCAUACACGGGUUUCGGCGCGCUCCUCCGGAGCGUCCCGCGCCUGCAGUCCCUCGCGCUCUUCUCGCCCGUGCACGAGCACGACCAGGCAGCCAUCUUCGGCGAGCUCGCCGCCGUGAAGGCGCACCUCCCGCACCUCGCCGCGCUCGCGCUCCAGGGCCCGACCCCCCGCGUCUCCGUCAUCAGCCCGCCGGAGCUCGCCCAGCUCUGCGAGUUCGUCCGCGGCCGCGCCGCCCUCCGCCGCCUCUACUUGACGUUCGAGAUUGCGACGGCGGACCUGGGCGUGUGGCUCGGGACGGUUAAGACGCUGCCGAACAUGGAGAUAUUCGACCUGAGGAUGCAGGACCAGCCGCUUGACCGCGCGUUCCUAAGCAGUCUCACGCGGUACCUCCCUCCAACCCUCUCCGCGAUGAAGCUCACCUCGGGCGGCCACCUCGUGAACAAGGAUGCCUUCGACGACUUCUGGGCACACUUCACGGCACUUGGCUUCCUCUACGUGCGCACCUGGGAAGCAACGGCUGUCUCCGUCCAGGACGUCGUCCGCGGUGCGCGCAAGCUCGAGCUCGUCGGGUACAACGGGCUCUUCCACGACGUCCAGUACGCCCGCCCCGGCGCAGACGCACACCCGGCCUCGGACUCGGACUCGGGAGCGGACGUGGACGUGGAGCCGCUCGCGCGCCCACCGUGGUCCGCGCGCAGGACGGCGCUGCGCGGGGUGGACGACUUCCGGUGCGAGGGCUGGGAGUGGCUCAUGCGCCACUUGACGAUCGUGCCGUGA